GAUAAUGAAACAAAAUUCAUAAAAUUCAUAGAAUUAGUAAUUUGUUACCAAAACGUACAAUGAUAUCCCCUUCACUAUUUAUAAUCGUUAUUAAGGAAUUAAAUUAUUGGGUGCAGGAUCAUAUGGAACAGUUUUGUUAGCUUUGGAUAUCUAUACAAAUACUAAAGUUGCAAUAAAAAAAUUAAAUCCAUUGGAGGAUAUAAUAGAUGCCAAAAGAAUGUUAAGAGAAAUAAGAAUAUUAAGAGCAUUGAAUCAUCCUAAUAUUGUAGCUAUUAAAGCUGCUAUAUAUGAUAACUCAUCAUAAGAGAGUGACUAUUUUGGCACAGUCUAUUUAGUAUAAGAAUAUUAUUAGGCUGAUCUUCACAGAGUUCUUAAAAACCCAAAAGAUUUAACAGAUGAUCAUAUACAAUUUAUAAUGUAUUAUUAUGCAUCUUAAGAUAGGUAUUAAUUAACUAAAGCAGUGGCAUAUUUACAUUCAGCUUCUAUUAUACAUAGAGAUAUUAAACCAUCAAAUAUAUUAGCAAAAGAUGAUUGUUCAAUAAGUUUAUGUGAUUUUGGUCUAUCAAGAUAAAUAGAAGAAUAUGAAGAAGAAGAUAAUAAAAAAGCAUAAAAUUUUACAGAAUAUGUUGUUACAAGUAUAAACAUACUUUUAUUUUUAUAGGAUAUUAUAGAGCACCAGAAAUCAUGGUCUCUUCUCAAUAAUAUUCAUUUCCAAUAGACAUAUGGUCAUUAGGUUGUACUUUUGCUGAAAUGUUAAAUGAAGGAAAGGUAAUUUAUAAAUAUAAAUACUAUCAGGUUCUCUUUAAAGGCAAAACUUAUGUAUAAAUGGUUAAAGUGAUCUUUGAAAUACUUGGUAAACCAAUCUAAGAAGAUUUGGAUUAAUUUAUUAAGAAUAAAAAUGCUAUGGAGUUUGUCUAAUCUUUACCAAGUGUUCCACCAUAAUCAAUUAAAAAAUAAAUUGAUUAUUCAAAUCCUUUAGCUAUUGAUUUAUUAGAUAAAAUGCUUGUGAUUAAUCCUCAUAAAAGAAUCACUGCUUAAGAAGUAUCAUAAAUCCUUUAAUCAGGCCUUAAAUCAUCCUUAUUUUACAGAAAUUAGGGAAAAAACAGAAGAAUCAUCAUAUUAAGGACAUGCUGAUUUUUCAUUUGAAAAUGAUGACACUAUAAGUUUUGAACAAAUGAAAAUAAUGAUUCUUGAAGAACUUAAUAAAUUAGGUGAAAAAAUAGAUAUUCAUGAUGAAAUUGAUAGAUUAAAAUAACUUAGAGAAAAGAGAAGAGCAUAAAAGUUAAAAAAAUGAUUAUAUGUAUUAUUCAUUAUAAGGC